CUCCAAAUAAAAGACAUUAUAUACAGGCACUGCUCUAGUUGAUAAUAUAGAAUUAGAAGUGAAACGUAACUCAAAUGUCAGAAUCAAACAGCGUUCAAAUUGGAUUUAUGUGAAGAUUCGCUAAUAUAUUGACGAAGAUUUCUUCUUUUUUUGUGUUGCCUGAUAAAUUGAUAAACAUUUUAGUAGGUCUAGAUCUAGUUUAUGAAAAAAGCAGGCAUCAUUAAUUGAUAAUAGUUUACCUAUAUUAUAAGCCAUAUUAAUCUUUUGUUUAAGAAGGCCUAGAUCUAUAUAGUAUAUACGAUACAAGUUUAAAUUUUAAGAAGCUGAUAUUUAAUAUACAGGCAUUAAAAAAAAUCUGAAAUAACUUUAUUUAUCAAAGUGACAAUCAAUAGUUUUACAUAUUUGGAUUCGUUCUAGAUCCUGCUACCUUACCAUAGAAGUAGGCUAUACAACAUAGUUUAACGACUCCGAGUUAACAACUAGCCUAUAUAAUUGUCAAGUCUACCACCGGCCUAUACAAGUUGCAAUAAGUUGGUCUUCACAAAUGUCGGUAGAGGACCUGCUCAUUCAUUUCAUCUACAGCGAGGAGGAUGAACAAGUGCGUCACAACAGACAAUACUUUCUGCCUGGGGAGGAGAUGAAAGGUCUCGUCUCCCUGCACCUCAGGACAGGAGUCAGGACCAGGGGGCUAACUAUACACUUCCUGGGCAUGGCCACUGUCUCAUGGGAGUCACCUAAAAAAAGAAAAGUGUACCAAGCUUCAGAAAUUUACCUGGAAUCUGCCAAACCACUUCUGGACAUCGGCUACGACAGUUACGUAGAUCUUCCCAGUGGCCUUCACCAGUUUGGCUUCCGGUACCAGCUCCCGACAAACCUACCCAGCACCUUUAAUGGUGUCUACGGCCAGGUCACCUAUAUCGCCAAGGUGAAGCUGGAGUGUGAAGAUGAGAGAGACACGACCAUCACCAGUGAACCAUUCAUGGUGCUCAGAAGACCCGAACUCAGCCCCGAGAUUUACGACGAGAAGACAAUUAAGAAAAGUAAAUUUUUCGUGGGCUUGACAACUGGCAAAGUGAAAGUUGAGUGCACCAUUGACAAGAGCGCUGCAAUCCCCGGCGAUAACAUCGCAAUCAAUGCCGAGGUGUGCAACUGGACAGGGAAAGAAAUAAGUCUCAUUCAAGCCUCUAUGAUACUAGAAAGUCACUACUUUGCUGAAGGACACGAGAUUGUAUUUAGACAAUAUCUCAGCAAGCGAGAUGACGUGUAUGACGUCAGCACGUUUCGAGGACGUCGAUGGCGCAAUGUUCUACUCCCAGUGCCUCCUUAUCUCCCAGACUCCAGCCUGGAACACUGCAAGAUCAUGACACUCAGAUACGUGUUCCAAUUCAAGGUGAGGAUUGAAGGCAAGGAGGACAUCGCCCUGGAAGCUCCUCUAUAUGUUGGCACACACUCGUCUCUCAUUGGAAACCAGGGCAAGGAUCUCCUACUGGGCAAGAUGUGGCAGGGAAUGGACACCCUGGAGGAAGAACGUUCUCGACAAAGUGAGCUCCCUUGGUAUGGAGGCAGAUCAAUGUACACAGAGAGCGUCAAUGGAGAUUUCUUUGAUCUCAGAAACUAAUACAGAUUUUGAUAUACUGUCAUUUUGUGAUGUUAAAAGAUUUCGUGUAAUCUUCAGUUUGGAAUAAACAUAAAACUGGUUCCACAUAUUAUGAAUGGCAUAUUUGAAGGAACGCUUUUAAAUUGCAAAUUACAAUUUGUUUGAUAGUCUUUCAUACUAUUGAAGGCAGCGCUACUGUGAAUAUAUAUAAGCGUGAAUAAGAUGCCCUUUUGUAUUUGUUGCUGACAAAACUAUAUUUAUAUUUUUUCUCUAACAUGGGCAGACAACCUACAUGCGCUUCAUCUAAUAAACCCUACUCUGUAUUGACUAAUGCUUUGACAUUCGUUUGUACUCAACAAACCAAUAAAUAUAAAAUUAUAAAUAUAUAAUAUUGAGGCGGUCAGAGGUGUUGACUCAGAAGGUCAUGCUGCCACAGUAUAAAAAAAAUCAUCAGUGGAUUUCAAUAAUUAAAUUAAGAAAACAUAAUUAUCCUUGUAUUGUAACGACUCUCUUUCCUUUCGAUGCUAUAUACCCUAUACUAGCUCAUAAUUAUAGGAAUACGAUUAUUGACGUUAGCAAAAAUUUUUGUAAGUUGUGGGGAGGUUGGUUGAAUAAAAAAACAAUUCUUUAUGGAUUUUUAUAGACCCAAAUGUUCAGAUUUUGAGCUAGCUUCACGCUAGAAACCCUAAUGGUAGCGACUUAAUGCUAGCUAUUCCCAAUGUCACAAUUGUACAUAGUAUGCACAUUUAUUUAUAAUGCUGAUUAGCAGCACGUUGGACAAAUCAAUAUGCAGUGUAGUAGGCCUAUGUGAGAAAUCUUGCAAAAAGAUUUCUUAUCGCAGUGAUGCUCAAACUACGGUACGCUAUCCCGACCAUUGCUGCCCUAAUUGCACAAGAAGCCUCAGAGGCUUGAUUCAAGUCUACUGGAUGUUGUUUUUUUGUCGCUGAUGCGGCAUUUGAAACUUUAUUCAGCUGUCACAUCGAAGCGAACCAAUGACUUCUCUUAUUAGGUUGUCUAUAAACCAUAAAAGGCUAUUUUGAUGACAAUGUAGUCUAUGUGUGGUUAGCCGAUAUGUUAUAUUGUAAUGACACACUAUAUCAAAUAAUAUUGUAUAUGUUUUUAAAUUCAUAAUAAGUCAUAUUGCAGUAAUUUUUUUUUCCUUAUCGAUUGUGCAUACAAUGUAUGUGAAUAAUCUGAGGACCUGUACUAUCUAUAAAGACUUACAAGCAGACCCUCCAACAUUUCAAUUUUCAAUAACUGAAAGCAACUGAAAAGAAUUUAAACUCUAUUGCCAUCAUUGGUUAAAUUUUGUGAGUGUGUGUGUGUGUGGAGAGAGAGAGAGAGAGAGAGAGAGAGAGAGAGAGAGGGAUGUUUAUUUAUUUCGUUUUUUUUUUCUAUUGCAUAGUUGACAAUUGAAAGGUGUAGACUGCAGCUAAAUGACUCCUUUCUCACGACGUGGUCUCCCUUAUGCUUUAGAUAGGGUUGCCUGAAUAGUCUCCCUUAUUCUUCAUAAAGUUUUUUUGGAAUAAAGUCGACAUAAAAAUAGAUAUCUUUCUAAGCCAGUUAUAGUAACUCGGUAUUGGAUUCUAAUGGGCAUUUGCUAUAUGAAUUAAUAAUCUAAUCAUUUUAAAUGCUCAUCAAACAUUCUUUUGUUCCAGCUUACCGUUGUAUAAAUGGUUUUUCUCCAGAAAUGUAAUUUACCCCCCUUUGUUGAGCUAAAGCUAUUGGCUGUGCUGGUUUUGUUUGAGUGACAAUUGAAAGCAAUGUUCACUCAUUUUCAUUCGCAUUUUAAAUUUACAAUAAUGAAAACUUAAUGUACACUACUGAGUUCAUUUUGGUCUCUUAAAAUAUGCAGUACAUAUGCAGAGAAUUAUUUAUAUGUAGAGAUAGAAAGUUGAAACAACUGUGAAAUAAAGAAAAGGAAACUAGAAGUGAGAAGGAAUGUUCUUAGGCCUCUGAGUUUAAAAUCAGUAAAAUAAGUGUUUAGGUAGCACAGUGUUUGGGUGGUACACAGUAAGUAAAGUAUGUGAAGUUCCCCUUUCAGACCUUGUGGUCUAUAGGGCAGACGAUGUAAAGGUCAUCUGGUUCUGUGGCCAGCACAAUGACCAACUGCCUUUACUUUUCCCAAAUAAUGUCAGGUACCCAUUAGAGCUGGGUGGACUCAGAGGCGCCUGAAGAUGCCAAAAUUAAAAAUCCCAGUCUUCACCAGGAUUCGAACCCUGGACACCGGUUUGGAAGUCAAGCGCUUUACCGCUCAGCCACAGCGCCUCCUACACUGUAAUGGUACUGAAAAUAAAUUGUUUACUUUUGCUAUUAUGAUGUUCAAAGUGGAGUAGGUUAAUAUUCUAUUUUUUCCUUUAUUUCUCUGUGUCUGCGAAAAGGAUUGUACAUAUUUUUAUCUUUUAUUUAUUAAGUGUUUAUGAUGUCUUGAUAUGUGUAUAACUCCUAGCGUUUUAAAAAGACAAAAAUUUACCUAUUAAAACUAUGUAAAUAUUUCUACCAUAUAAUUGUGACAUUAUUGCAGUAAUUAUUUUCAAUGCAAGGGAUUAGUUCUAUAUUGUUUUAUAUCCUGUUUUCAUUCAUGACUUCAAUGCUGUUUUAAUAAAUGAGAAUCUAAAUAAAUGUUUCAUUAAACAAUGUAUAUACGCAA